AUGAAAGAUCUGGGGAGCUUCACAUUGCCAUGCUUGAUCUGGGGGAAAGAAGUCGAAAAUGCACUCUGUGACUUAGAGGCAAGUAUCAACCUGAUGCCCUUAUCAAUCUUCAAGAAGUUAAACAUUGGCAACGGAAGGCCCACCAUAGUCACGUUGCAGUUGGCUGAUAGGUCAAUAACGCAUUCGGAGGGCAAGAUAGAGGAUGUGCUUGUGCAAGUAGACAAAUUCAUCUUUCCAGUUAACUUCAUUAUAUUGGACUACGAAGCUGAUACUGAGGUGCCGAUCAUAUUGGGUCGCCCAUUUCUCACAAUUGGGUGCGCGCUGAUCGACGUACAAAAGGGAGAGCUCACUAUAAGGGUUGAAAAUCAGCAAGCGAAGUUUAACAUUCUCAAUGCGUUGAAAUACCCAAAUGAUAUGGAAAACUGUCAGUAUCUUGGAAAACUGCAGGAAGGACAAUGGCACAAGUUUCAAGAAGCAACUGAAGAAGAAGAUUUUAAGAUUGGCAUAAUGAUGAAGGAGAGUUGCGCCGCAAUACAGACUAACCACGAUUUUGAAUCAAUAAAGUUAUCUGAACGAUCAACACAACAAACUAAGCCAUCCUUGGAAGAACCACCCGUGUUGGAGUUGAAGGCGCUACUAGUACACCUCAAAUAUGUUUACUUAGAAGGCAAUGACACUUUACCAGUCAUAAUCUCUGCCUCAUUUGAGCAAAGAGAAUGA